AUGUCGUGCACUGUACCUGUAUUUGCUUUGAUUCAAGAUGUCAAUAGGGUAAUUUCAAUUUUGAAUGAUGCUCCUAUAUCGGGAGAGCAAAACGUUAAGGAUAAUGUCGGUAAGUAAGGUGAUUCUGAGGCACGACUGAUUAGCGAUUGUAAACAUUUAGUAUAAAUAGUAUGGGACAGAAAUAUGUAAAGUGCUCCUGCUAAAUUUAGGAUUUAGUAUCAUAAAUUUUAUCUUGUAUUUUUUAUUCAUUUAUUUUAUCCCUGAUUUGAUUUAAUGGAGUCUCUCUUAGUCAACCGAGAAUUUGUAAUCAACAGUUUCGACCCCUUGCAUUACAAUGAAUGUUUCUACUUUCAGAAGGAUGGGAUGUUGAAAGUGAAGAGUGGGGCUGGACGGUAAGACUUCCACUGAUUUGUAAAUUUUAACUUUGGUUAAAUCACAGAAUUGAUGGCCUAAGGUAGUUCACAUGGUGGACUCUUAGUCGUUAGGUCUAGAUUCAAGCCUUGACAGAGUCAUUUUGUCUUUUCCUGGGGCUGGACAAUUAACUCUGGCAAUGUCUCUCUCUACCCAUUGUUUUAAGUAGUGUCAAGUGUCAGUGAAACCUGAGACAAUGCUGGAGUGGGGAUGGGGGGACCUAUGAUGGAUCACCCUCCCACCCAGGGGAAGUAGCCAUACUGCUAUUAUUAUGAUCUGAAACUAGAAUAGGCUCUGCAGUAGGAGGUGGGGGGGGGGGGGGGGGAACCUAUGACCUAUCCUACCACUUCCUAAGAUGCAAGAUGCAAACUGAGAUUUAUAUAUCAGCUUGGAGUCAUUACAGCCUUAUAUAAAAUAAUUUGUUCUUUUGUAUUAACAGGAAGCAGUUGAAAGUGAACCUGAAGUACCAACUGGUUCAUGGCUACAAGAGUGUUGCAUCUCUUUGUCACCGUCAAAUGAUACUUUGGCUGUGGCUAAAAAUGACAAAGCUGUUUUCCUGGCCAGUAUGUUAAUCUUUUUUUUUUUUUUUUAAGUGUAAAGGUUAAUCUAUGGUCCUUAUACAGAUCAUAACUGUUAUGUUCAAUAUGUUUAAAGACCAUUUAAACCAUAGAAUCAUGAUUUGUUAUCAACAGCAAUAACUCAAGCUGAGAUCAUGGUAUCAUUCUUUUCCAGGCAGAUGGAACAAGCCAUCAGAUAGCCAGCCAAGUACAAAAUAUGAAAUCGUGUGGAGUGGUAGUCUUGCCACAGAGGAAGGGUAAAAAAAAAUUACUGCUAUUAUUUUUGUAUGUCCUUAGAUAACAUCACAAUAAACAACAUUCUGCCUUUCAUUAUAUAAAACAAAUAGACUCUAUGUAGCCAUGGGUCUGUACAACAAAAGAUCACAGAAGAAGUCACUUGUGCCAAUUUUUUAUGUCAUUAUGGUCUGUGAUCUAUUUACUGUGGUUAUGACAAAUUUAUUUGAUGGUUGUUAUUUGAAUUGCUUUCAAAAUCACAGGAAUUUUUACCCAAGCUAACAAUUGGACAAAAGUUUUUUUCUUUAGUUAUUUAAACAAUUGUUUUUUUGCUCAAAUGUAUAUGUUAGUUUGAUAUGUUAUUCUUUGUGUGUGUAGAAUGAUCAGAGAAUGCGGAAUAAAGUUUUUCUGAGUGGUACAACAUUGAUAAAAAUCAAUAAUUAUUGUUGCGAAUAGACACACAGCAACAUCCUUUAACUCCCAAGAUCUGAUUGUUAAUUCUCCCAUCUAGCUGUUACACAUUUCCUUGUUAUUUAGUGACAAGAAUUUGGUGUUAGAUCACGAUAACAACCUCUAACUGAUAAGUUUGAGCAAUCUCAUUACCUGUUUGUUGGAUAGUGUAUGGGUAUUGUAAAGAGAAGUUACAUGUAGAACAUUUUGAAUAGUGUUUCUGAUAGAGGUGAAUAGCCAUGACUAGUGUUUAUAUCCAGUGGAGGAUUUAAUUGUGCCCUUUAAGUGUAUAAGAGCAUUUGAUGUAAGAUAUUAUUGUCAAUGUUUUCCUUACUGUUUUUGCUUUCUUUGUCUUGUUUACUGUCAGGGAAUGCAUUACAGAUAUAUUGUGCAUACCAUUGGCUUCUCAGCACAAGUAAGUUGUUAGCACCUUGCUGUACAUAUUUGUAAAAUAAUGCGAUUUUUAUUUCCAUAUGACUCGAAUCCCAUAGUCCUGGCCGGGGCAAGGCGUUGUGCCUUUGAGACGUGCAGGAAAAAAAAAUGUGAGCUCCACUUUUAGGCUUGGCUAAAUCUCUAUAUUAACCCUUUGAUACCUAAGAAUGAAGUAUCUAAUUUCUCUUCACAAUAUCACUACUAAUUCAAACAUUAAGGUCACAGGAAUAAAAGGAAUGAUGGCCAGGUAAAGGAGCUCUUGAUUGUUAAACAAAUUCUCCUUAAUCCACGUAUGACAGUCAAAGUGUAUGAUCAGUAAUGGUGUUGAAUUCUGCAGAAGUUCUCAAGGAUCACCAGACUGGACUUGCAUUGUGGCUGGAUUUACAUCAGGAUACAUGAGGAUCUAUUUACAGGUAAUUUUAAUAUUUGUGUGACAGAACAUGGAUUAAACAAUUUUUUUAGUGUACAUUCACAUAUAAACAUUGUAUCUUUGGGUCCAUCUAGGUGACUGAAAAAUCUGGUCCUUGAAAGAACAUUUAUCUUUAAAUCAAUACUGUGUAGCAUUGACAUUUUGUAAGAAUAAGAUAUUUCACAGAUGGGCAAUUUGUUCUAUUUUGUGUGAACAAAUUUUUGCAGUCAAGAAUUAGGGUAUUGAAAUUUCAGCAGAGAACUAAUUUUGGCAAUGUUAUUUCCAAGCAGUGGACCAUCACUAUUCUCUUGUUGAAUCACAACUGAAUACUUCUAUGGGACAUGUAAUAAUUUCAACCUUGUAGUCCAUAUCACAGAAAAAGACUAUCACAACUGCAAAUCAAACAAUUUUCCCCACUCUUUUUCUUUCUUGGGUGUUUUUUUGAUUGGAUAGUUAAAAGUAGUAAUUUGGAGAAUUUUGUUUUACAGGGACUUAUACCUUUUCUGAUCAAGGAAAAACUUAAAAAUGUGUUUAAAUAAAACUCAUAAACUGUUGUAAAUACCUCUUCAUAACCAAGUUGGGGGUCUUUACUAUAAGUUAUGGACUAAGUUUUUUCCCACAAUUUUGAAUUCAGCAGGUUGUACUGUGAAGUACAGCUUGCCAAAUUGAACAAUCAUAGUACACAUACUAACUGAGAAAUAUUAUUAAUAGUAAUUAUUAUAAUACAGUUUAUGUUCUUUUUUUUUUUUAAGAAUGGAUCCCUUUUGCUGUCACAGUUUCUUCAUGAUAACCCAGUGUUAAGGCUUAAAUGCAGAACUUGGCAAUCAUAUAAGAAUCAUGGCACUGCUGAGCAGGUAUGGAACAUUUGUAGGAAUAGAAUUGUACCUGUUAAACAAGUGGAAACAAAAUUAACAUCACUACAAACAAAAAAAUGUAACCUAUUUGAGAAUUUUUUUGAUACUUUUUCUUUAACCCUUUACACCCUAACAUCAGUAUGCAUAUUCCCCAUACUGUUCUUUAUACAUUUUCUAAAUUGCUGAUAAGGAGAAUUUGUUUAACAAUCAAGAGCUUCUCUGACUUGGUGUUGAUUUCCUUGAUUCUCUCUACUUUAAUGUGUGAUUCAGGGGUGAUAUUGUAAGAAAUUAGAUGAUCAUUUAACCCUUUAACUCCCAUGUGUGACCAAGACAUAUUUUCUCCUUACAAUAUCAAUAUAAUAUCAACCAGAUAACUGAUGAGAAUAAAGAAAAAUAUCAAUUAGAGGAUCAUUAGUUGAUCCAAUACCAAAUUCUCUAAUCUAUUGUCAUAAGAACUGUAUGAAGGACAGUAAUGAGAAUUAGUAACAAGAUCAUGGGACUGAAAGGGUUAAAAAUGUCCUCUCAGACCCUUGUCCCUCUGCAUUGCUUUUGACCAAACUGUUUCAGGACUUAAAGGAUGCCUAGUUAAUAUGGUGUAGCUUAUUUUUGUUACAGACUGUGUUUUAUAACAUGUUUAGGUUGAAGAACUUGCUAUCCUGUACCCAACUGCAAUGGUUAUUAUUGAUGGUUUUAGUCUGUAUCAGUCACUGAGAGCUUGCAGAAACCAACUGGCGAGAGGUGAGGCUGCUGCUUAGGAGGCCAAUUCCAUUAAUUUUGCAGAGUUCUUUUAAAGUCUCAUGCAUCAAGUGUAAGACUCGUGUAAAUAUUCAAUCUUAUGCUCUCACACUGCAAGCUCUCUUUUUAAGAAUUUAAGGUUCCUGAUUUUAAACUGUUGAUUCUUAGAUACGGAACCAUAACUUUGAUUUAAUUUUUUAGUAUGUUGCCCUACAUUUUGAUGUUAAUUUUUUUCUUUAAUUAGCUCAAGCCAGUGGCCUAUCUGAACUCAUUGGUCCCCCUCCUCUUGCUUACAAAAAAUGGAGAUUUGAUGGUCAAGGGCACAUCACAGAUAUUGCUAGUUGUGGUAAGAUUGUACUUUGUAGUAAUUGCUUUGCAGUGACUAGAAAUAAAUUUCCCAUCUAGGUUGGAAAUCAUUGUUCAAUGAAGUAAGCAUGAUGUUAAUGAAAUUGCCGUCCUGAAUUACUCUGACAUCUUUUUUAUCUAUUAUGCUCUUCCUUAACCAAAGUUAGAGCCAGCUGUUGCAUCAUAUUUUGCCAGCUACUUUGUGAAUUUUGGUUGAAGACAAAAAUGAGUGUUUCUGAACUGAUUCUAAUGUCAAUGUCUGGCUUUGCAACACAUCAUGCUUGCUACCCAAGCAUAACUCAAUUCUACCACCUACUCAAUUCAGAUCAUACACCUAUUGCAUUUUCUAAUUACAACCCUGAAUUCUAUAGAUUAAACUGGGUAUGAUGUUGUAUGAACUAAUUUAUUGAUAAAGAGUUUUCGAUUGAGAAAAAAGAAAGUUUUCAAUAAAAUUUACAAUCCUUUUUUUUUUAUUGAAGGUGUUGUACCCCCUAAUAUGUUUGAUCAGUUGCAAACAGCCUCAUUCAUUGGAGGUUUCCAUGCAAGCAUCAGAGGUACCAUGCCAGCCAUGUCUCACUACAUCAGCACAGGGAAGGAGCCGUUUGUGGCAGUCUACACUUCUCUGGAGGUAGGAAACUGUGGAACAGAAAAUAUUUGGGUUUUGUUACAGAAGGAAAUCCUGCCAAACUGAAGGAAUGGGGUAGGCAACCUCUGAAGGGCUUAUACUGAUAAAUCCUGAGAAACAGGGGACUAUGAACUUCCACGUGAUUGUUUCCAGACAAUGAGCUGAUCAGAGAGAGGCCAUGCAGUCAAAAACUUUCUAAGGGCUAAAAUACAUACCAAUAUUUUACCUGUUACUUGUGACCAGACUUACAGAAUGCCCUGGUCAAAGACCUGCAAUAUGAAACUCAGAAGCCAGUAUUAGCAAGAUCUUUAAACCAAGUGUAUUUGAUACUGACGGAAGCACUACCUAGCCCAAACAAACUUUCUACCUUCAAUGAUUUGUAAUUCUCAAUUUCUCUCCCUCUCUCUCUCCAAUUUUUUUUUUUUGCUUCUCUUCAGGGUAGUUCACCUCCUCUUAUUUCUGAUGUUGCACUGGCAGUAGCUAGCAAAUUAACAACAGCAGUACUGUCAAAGCUCUCAGCAGCAAGGUUAGUGGAAUGAUCUCAUGUUGCACUAGUCAAUGUUAGGGACCUUUAGUAAACUAUGAUGGGGACAGCAUCAAGGACGCAGCAAAACAAAAGAUCUUAUGUGCAUAAAAAAAUAGCCUAGCAAAACUUUUUAUCUUUCUUAGCCAUCCUCCAACAAUAAUGUGAAAUCACCAAACUUUGCAUGAUCUGAGAACAGAAAACUCAACAGCAAAUUAUUUAAAUUUCCAUUUGGAAGUCAGCACUGCACACAUAUGCCAUUUUGAAGUUGAGUUGUCAUGUGCCAUAAGAGAUGGUAAGCACAACUAGCCAUUCCAGAAAUUUUAAUUAAAAAUCCAAUUUUUUUUUUAAUUGACAUCUUCCUCUGCAUUGUGGUCCUGACUACUUACGGUCCAUAUUAUUGGGACCAGGAUGGUUAGGUUAGAACAUCUGUUAUUUUGUUUUGUCUUUAUUUCCAGUGGUUGGCUUGGAUGGGGUACCAACCCUGCCCAUCAGUCAACUGAAACAACAAAACCUGCAAAGCCCAAGGUGGAGAAAGGAACUUCGUUACCAGCAAGGUAAUCCGAUACAGCUAAGGAUUCUGUUUAAUUUUCACAUGCAGCUGUUUAACACAGAGAAAGUGGGAAAAUACUGGCAGGACCCUGUGGUGGGGUGGGAGGAGGAGUGCCUUGUACUUUGAUCAAUUUUGCUGGGUAUGUGCUGCUGGUUUCUCAGAACCCCUAUCCUAUUAUAGUUUAUUCUGCUGCCAAUUAUAGACCCAAUCUAUGUGACUUUUGUUAAUUUGGUUACAAUUUUUAACUUCAACUCUUGCUAUUUUUAAAUCCCCUACUUACCAGAAUUUUCUUAUCCCCAAAAAAUGCUGCAAAAUAUGUGCAACCCCAUUCUAAUUACUGUAUAGAAAAUGUAAUGCUGUUAUAGUCAAUCCAGUUGUGAAAAUGUGAUCCCAUACAAUGGCACAUCUCCAUUAGCCUAUUAUAGAAAGUAACCCCCUCCUGGGAAGGAGUUCCUUGUAGAACUGAGUCAGUUGCUCUUUCUUGUAGAUUUGGGUUGCCUGAUACACAUCGUCAUGGAACAAGCAUCACACUAGCUCCUAAUGGGCGUUUGGCUGUCACAACUGAUGAUUUUGGUCGAGUUAUGUUACUGGAUGUUAAAAAGGCCAUUGUGAUUAGAAUAUGGAAAGGUAGAUUAUUCCAAACACUUUGAUUGUUUUUCCAUUAGGACAACAAAACCUUAAAAAAUAAAGGUUCCCUUGAUGUGUUCAUUUUGAGCAUCUCUGCUAAAAAUUAUUGUAACCAUAUACAUGUAUUCAACCAGUACAAGAGCUGGCGAUAUUCCAUGUGGGGUAGUAUUACCAAUUCUGUGCAAGUUCUCAGUUCUUUCUUUCACAGUACACCUCUGAAGACUUCAAGAGCCAAGCACACCUUACAACAUUUAACUUUUCAUCAUCUACAAACCUUAAAAUACUUUUUUGUAAAAAUGCUCAUAGCGACUCCAUUGUUGAACCUUUGUUGAAAUACCAAAUGUUUCAACUUUAUUUUUAGGGGUCUUCUAUUUUAAAUCCUAGAGUCUUAAGGGUCUUUGUUUUAGACAUGCAUGUUGCAUUUUUUGAAGGGAAUUUCCAACCCAAAAAUUUUUCAAGAUGAGUAACAUGCUUAUAGAGCUCAUAGAAAAACUCCAUUUUAGAAGCUAAUUUGGUUUAUCAAGUGAGUUGAUAAUUUAGCUUGGCCACCAUUAAGGGAAACUAAGCAUGGAUCUAUACCAAUACCAAAUAUUUGAUACUGACAAUAUGGAGGUCAGAUUGGAAAAUAUUGAUACUAACUAAAAGUAUCAGUACUUUCAAUGCUGUGUGUGACCAGCCCACAUGUUGUCUCAUGCCAGCCACCAUUGGCUGACAAGGAACCGAGAAGACUCUGGCCUUGAGAUUGGCCAAAGAGCACCACAUUGAACUUGUGUAAGUGGCAUUUGAGUGGUGCAAGGGUGAACUCAUUGAUGACCAUGAGUUUUGACUAACUUAAUCUGGUGUUAAAUUUUUGACUGUCUUGUUGAUGCUUCUAUAGAGUAAUGAACACUGCAUAACUUUAACAGUGCAAGGUAACCCUAUAUUUAAUCAGUCAAAUCACAUGAUUUACCAUUUAACUCAGUGAUGUCCUAAUGUUGAUAUCAAUAUCAAAGAAACAUGUCAGUAUCAUACAUGGUAUUGUAUUGAUUGGAAAAAAUGUAUCAGACCAUCCUUAUUUUUUAGAAACUCUUUAUGAUGGCUAAUUCAUAUUAUCAACUCAGUUAAUAAAACCAAGUUAUCUUGUUUUACCCUCCACCAAGGCAGAACCACAGUUUUUUUUAGAAGCUUACCCACUUUGAUAAUUUGAUCUGCUGUAAUAGUUGAUCCUGGUGCAGAUGUAACCUUUCCAUUUCUGCACGGCAGGUUACCGUGAUGCUGAAUGUGGCUGGGUAAUGGUUAGUGAGGAGGAUCAUCAAGAGGAGGAACCACCCAAGAGCUCGUUGAGAACAGCUCUGUUUCUUGUUAUUUAUGCCACAAAGAGAGGAAUCCUUGAGGUAUGUAUUGUGAGUCUGUUCUUUUUUGUGGGCAUUUGCUGUAAUUGGGUAUAAUAUUUUCAGAAGCCAGUCAUGUAGUGAAACAUUUGAGUCAAUUUCAGUAUCUAUGCAAAUAUGCACCUACCCUUCCCCUAACCCAACACUAACUCUAACUUGUUAUCAGUUGACCAUCAUUGGGUGAGGGGAGGGGUAGGUACAUAAUUGCUCGGAUUCUGACAUUGAUCCAUACAUUUCAUACUACACAAUUAACAGUGAAAACUGAACAGGAGUUCCUACUAUGGUCUGCCUCAGUCAAUAUUUAAGUAAAAUAACAUUAAUUUUAUUUUUGGGGGAAGAUUUUUGUUAUUAGUGAUUCCUUUAAGUAUGGUUGAGGAUACCUAUUGCUACUCACAUUAUUGGACAAAAUUUUAUCAGCAAGUUGAUAUCACGUGCACCAGAAAUCUUUAACUUUAAUUUUGAUAGUCAGUUCACUGUGUGUUUAUCCAGAUCUGGAGAACUGAACAGGGGCCACGUGUGGCUGCCUUUAAUGUUGGAAAGGAUUGUAGGUAAGCUUUGUACACAUAAACAUGUAUUAUAUUUUUUAAACUGUUGUUAGUACAUUGAUUUUAAUUACUAUUAACAAGGCUAGGACAGCUAUGAAGUUAUGUUUGGAGCAAUUGCUUUCCUUUUCAAACAUUUGUCUACUUUUUGUUUUACACUUGAAAUUAUUGUCUGAUUGAUUAAACUAAAGCUGUUUCUCAGCUAUUUUUUUUCUUUCACAAUUUACUGACGUGGAUCUUAGCCUCUAGCCUUUAACUAAUUAUUUCAAAAUUUAUUACUUGUGUCAAGUGAAUUUUGGUUGCAGUUUCCUUCAUUGACCAGCUUUCAGUUGCAUUCAAACUGUAUUUUUUAAUUCUGCUUUUUAUCAGGCUCUUGUAUGCUGGACAUGGAAUCAUGGGAUUAGGUCAUGUGAUCAAGCAGGGGCAGGCUCUCCCACAGCACACACUGAAUUGUACUCUAAUCCAAGGGGAUGGUACAUUGAAAACUUUCACUGUACCAUUUCACUGUGCCCUGAGGUGAGAAUUCUUACAUGCUUUGAAGGGGUGUCCUAACUGAUCAUUUUCUGGUAAUUUAGAGUUAACAACUAGGUUGAAAAUGUAAAUUGGCCACCAUAAAGAGUAAAAAAGCUGACAUUUUGAGCAUUAACCCUUUGUUAGAGCAAUUGGAGGAAUUGUGGGUUGUGUGUGGGUUUAUAUGCAGAAAGUGGAGCUAUGCUGUUGGUGGGAGUAUUGUGAUGAGAAAACAAGAAUAAAUUAGUUGAAUGAAAAGUGCUCAUCGAUACCGUGGGGAUUAAGAGUGCCAAUUUGGAAGAGAAAUUUUUGCUCCCAGUGUUUUGCAGCUUUCUAAUCAUUUUCUGUGUUGUCUUAGUUAUACUGGCAGUUUAAGAUUGUGCAUUCUGUGUACAAAUGUAUAUUAGAAUACUGUUAUGUAGUAUAUACCACACAAGUGAAUAGUGCUUUUUGGGCAUGCUGAUUAGUUAGUUCAGAAGUGGAUAGCAAGUAACAUUCACCUUCAAGCAGCCAAUGAAACAAAGUUGCAUGUCAAGAGUUUAAUUUCCCAUCAUUUUCUUGGUAUAUUGGAAGAAAGAAAUUUAUUUUUUGGUAUCUGUGUGGUUUAUAUUUAAACAACUAUUUACCUCAGUGUCGGCGAAAGUGGUGGAUAUUUACCAAUACUCACCUCCACUUCAGUGAAUAAUUGUUGAAUAUAGUACAUAUCCUCUACUCCCAUGUUAGAGGUAUACAAACUGUUUAUACAAACCUCCAUUAUGGUGAUGUGAUGAGCUUAUUUAAUUUUGCAGAACAAGUUUGUUUGUUGGGGUAAAUUUUAUCAAGACAGAUUUAAAACAUUUUUCCCUAGCUCAGGACAAAGUAUAAUUGAAUUUCUGGUAGGAACCAGAAUCCCCUGUGGUCAGACUGUGCAACUGUCAACUUGUUGGUUAGCCAGGCAGUAGCCUUGGCCUCUUCAUCAACUUUAAGAAAAUAUAAAGAAGAAAGAACUUUAAGAUGAUGUGAAGGCAGUGGACACUGUAUCAGUCUCCCACAAAUGUUGUUCAGGAGUUUUUACUUGUGAGGAUGUCCAAAUUCAAAAUUCAGUUACAACCUAAAUAAACUCUUUUUUUUCUCCUAGUGACAAGCACAGUAAGAGAGUCAGAGAUCUACACCUUUUAAAAAAACUGUCAGCUCUUUUGGAUUCAAUCAAAUCUGGCCAAGGUAAUCUAAGCUGCAUUGUGGUUGUAAGGUAAAUUAUUCAUGAAAGGGAAAUUAUAUUCUUUAAUUGAAAAUAGAAGGGUUGCAACUCUGUGCUAAUUAACUUGUUUGCAUAACUUUUUAAAAACCUCUCUUACUAUUUUCAUUUUUGAUGUAUCCAGAGUCCAAGGCAGAGAACAUAAACAAACUGGAAAAGGAUUUGUUAAAUAUUCUCAGUGAAAUACAAACUCCACAAUUGCAUCAGCAGGUAAUUUUAAUUUUUUAAGCCAUAAUAAAUGUAAUCACUGCAUUUGACAAAGAAGAAUGUAGUCUGCAUGGAAACUUGAAUGAGAUUUCAUAACAGGGUUGGCACAUGAACACAGGAAACCCACUAAUUAUAGUCACCAAUGUGGCAACUAUACAGCAGGGGCAGAAAUGAAUGAUAUCAUUACCAGAGAGAACCUGAGAUUGGUAUUGCGUUUUACCUCUCAUUUGUUGGCUCCAUCAUCUGUGCAAUUUGAAUGGUGACAUUUAAUUUUUUUUUUAGUUUGAGACCUGACUGGAUUAGGUUAUGUUGUUGGGCAAGACACUUAACUUUCACAGAGCCUCUCUUCAACCAGGAGUAUAAAUAGGUACUGGGGAAGUGUCAAGGAAGCUUGAUGAAACUUUUGGGAUAAGUUUGUGAUGGACUGGCAUUCCUUCCCUCCCCCCCUCCCUGAGGAGUAGUAAUACUCCUAGUCACUUUAUGCUACAGAAACCGGGAUGGGCUCCAGCUUGAUGGGCAACUUGGCUUGAGUACAGACUGAACCAAAUAUGAACUGUUCUUGUGUCUUCCUUGAUAGGGUCUUCAGUGUGUUUUGUCCAGUGUGGGAAUUCCUUCCUCUGUCCUUCUCAAAGCUGUGACAGCUGUCAAGGACACAGUUCAAAAGCAAAGUGAGCGUGGUAUUUGUUAUCAUUAGAAAUUGUUCCUAUCAUUAGUCUCCUUAGUUGAAGAUAGGGUGGUGUAAACUUUAGCCUGCUGUACACUGGGGAAGAGGCUCAGGUGCAAAAUCUGCACCCAGCGCUUACUUGCAGAGUGCCUCUCUCCAGCCAGGAUUAUACAGUAAAUGGAUAUCAGCUAACUGUCAGGCCAACCUGACAAUACUUGUAUGUUGUGGGGUCACCUCCAGGGGGAAUGAGUGACAAUACCUCCAGUUGCUUCAUGCUACAGAAACCGGGAUAAGUUCUGGCUGGAAAGACCGCUUGGCUCAAGUGGCUCAUCAUGAGUGGGAGAUGUGGCAGCCUAAUGACUGACCUGUCAGAUUCUAUAUGAAGAGGCCAGCAUACCAGCCCUCUGGGGGGUUAUUAGGCUGCCGGAUGGUCUGGUACAAAACACAUCUUUCUGACAAUGUGUCUCUCCCUUUACUCUCCACAUAAGAUUACACCUCUGAUGAUCAUGAGGAAGAAAGAGAAGACACCAAUUCACUUGUGGACUUUUGUGAUGUUCAGAGACAACUAAUAGAAACACAUGAUUCAAUCCAGAAGCUUGACAAAGAAGAAGAAUCAGGCUCUGAGGAGAAACCCUGGAAAGGAAAGAGUAAAGAACUAGUAUGUGGUCUUAUUUAGGCAGUGGUCUAUUAGUAGUUAUUAGUGCAGCAGGCUUAGCAUUGAGAGUUAUUACUCUGGCUGGGUCAUUGUGUUGUGGUUGUGAGCAAGUUACUUUACUCUCACAGGGCCUCCCCACCCAGGAGUGUAAAUGGGUACAAGUCAAUUGUUAGGAAAAUCACAACAUCAACACGGGAAGAGGGUAACCUUGUAAUGGACUGACAUCUUGUCUAAGAGUAGUUUGCGAUAUUCCCAGUUACUUCAUCAAUGUGACAGUGUUGUGCACAAAAUUUUAAUUUUCAUGGUAACACAUUGAUAGCGGAGGAUAAAACGCACUACCAGCCUUCUUCCCUGCAACAUUGAGAAUGUGAUAUGCACACCCUCUCUUCUCUUUCUUGGCCAAGAAUGGUACACAACUCAGGCCUAUUGCUAAUCUCUUUGUCACCACAAAAUGUGAUGCAACAAAGCCAUGUUAGUUCUCAGAGUAAGUGGGACAGUCAUGUCCAAGGGUACAACCUACUAAGGAUUCCAGCUGGCUGUGUCAUCUUUCCUUGGUUGUUUUGAGUACACUUUUAUUUGUGAUUGUAGUCUAUAGCAAAUCUCCUUGGAGUGACAAAAUCUGAAGCAUCAGAGCUACUGUCUGUGGCUCUUGGAGGAAGUGAGACAACCACACCCAAGGUUACAGCCCACUCUGUUCCUCAGCUGUCUGUGUCAUCUUUCCUUGGUUGUUUUGAGUACACUUCAGCUCACCAACAAGGCCAAGAAACAAAUGCUAAAAACCAAGAGAACACAGCUGGGUCCUCUAGAGUUGUAUUAACUAAUACUGUUGGUGUUAGGAAAGGCUUGUCCACUGAUAUUACAAUUCAACUAGGUAAGUUGAAAAUAUAUUCUAUCAGAAUCUUUUUUUAAUCCUUUUUAACUCCUAGAAGUGGUUAGCAUGUAACUUCUCCCUCAAAUAUCCAUACAUCCACACAGCAAACAGGUAAUGAGAAUAUGCAUACUUAUCAGUUCAAAGUAGUUAUGUUGAUCUAGCACCAAAUUCUUGUAACUGAUUUACAAGGAAAUGUGUAGCAGUUAGAGGAGAGGAUUAAAAAUUAAAUCAAGGGAGUUUAAGGAUUAAUUUAAGUACUCUAUCUUGUUACAUUUUAAAAUUAUAUCUCCAUUUUGCUAGUAUACCAACAAGAUCUUUUUUUAAUUUAAUUUUUUUUGUUCCCUCUAUCUAUAGCAAGCUUUCUUUUCAAGGUAGGUUGAAAUUACUUCAGUUAUCAAACUGAUCAAAGUCAUCAGGACAUGCGUUCUAGGUGGCUGUAUUUUGAAUUUUUUUUUCCAAAAGUUUAUAUUUUUUUUGGCCCCCACUUUGAGAUUUGAAUAGCACUUUCUUGACAUUUCUUUUUUAGAACUGCCUUUUAGGGGAUUGUUCGUCAAGCAGAUUAGCAAUUCCUUUUGAGUCAUCUGGCAUUAAACCUCAUCACCUAAUGGUAAGCUUUUAUAUGUUAGUUUGCUGUUGUAACAAACUCACUCCACCUUCGUUAGCUAGAUUAUCAAGUAGUCCGGACGACUUGAUUAGGGUUAUUUGAGGGUUAUAUAAAGUGGUGCUUAUUUUCUUCCAGUUACAAUAAAAUUAAGUUUUUAGCCCCGAAGAGUGACUACCAUCUAAUUCCUCCGUACAAUAAUUAACCCCUGAAUCACACAAAAAUGUCGCAAGAAUAGAGAAAUUGAUCAAAAACUAAAAAAACGUUCUUGGUUGUUAAACAAAUUCUGUAACAGUGGGGAGAAUAUACAUAUUGAUGUGAGGGUGUAAAGGGUAAAAAACUUUGGAAGAGCUUGUUAACGUUUUAACAACGUUUUUAUGAAGCGGAACUCCAAUCUAAAUGCAGUUAUUCUUUUGGUUAUCAAGGUUGCCGAAAACAAAACCUGUGAUGUUCUUUGUUUUAUACAGAACCUGUUGGUGUCUGGGUGGCUGUUAGACCCGGAUCAACGCUAUGACAAAGAAGAAUCCAUGUUUCACCUUCACUCACUGGUUUCAACAAUGAGUUCUUUAUCAGGUCAUAAUCACUUAGCAGAGUAUUGUUGAACUUUGUUACGGCCUUUGUUUUUGUAGCAAGCAAACAGCUGCCCUCCAAGGUAUGCCUCGCCCCUAAAGUGAGGCUUCAUAGCUCAGUUGGUAGUAGCUCUUUCGCUCUGACGAAGGGCUAACUCUCGAAACGUCAGCUCUAUAACUCUUUACGGUAGCCAAUUUAUGUCAUCAACUCAGUUGAUAAUACCAAAUUACCUUGCUAUACUCUCCCACCGACGCAGUGCCACAGUUUAUUUAGAAACUUAUCCCCUUUAUACACUCCUUAGUGCUUGAGCAUCGGGCUUUCAACCUGAAUAGGAUUUCAUCGUUUCUGUUUUACUCCCUGCCUAUGGUGAGGCUAGGUUUUGGAUUCUUCAAGUUUAGUCACAUUAUACCCCACAAUUCUCCAUGCCAUUAAUGUGGCCCUUUUAUUUUAUCCUUCCCAGGAGGCUUACCGAGCGAGAUGUCUUCAUCGCAGUUACGUGACAACGAUAUUUCACCUUGGUGGGACAAUGUACGUCGAACUCUGGCCCAGUCUACCUCGACAAGCAGGGCACUUUUUCUUGCUGCAGUUUGCCGAUCUGUGGCCUUGGAAAUCAGUACAGCAUCAAAGAAAGUUGAGGUGCACACCGUAAAAGAUUUAAUUUUUUUUAGUGAAUGCGUCGUUUAAAGUGAACUAAACUAAAGGCAACCAUGCUCUUAAUCCUGUUACUCCCAGAACGGAUGAAAAUAUAAUUUCUCUUCACAGUUUCGAUUCAUUAUCCUAUAAACAAGUGAUGAGAUUGAAUGACUUUUAUCAGCUGAAAGGUGUUUUCCUGUGUUCACCAAAUUCUCAUAACUAAUUUACAAAGAAAUGUAUUGAACCAAGAAGGGAGAAUUAUUAUUUCUAAUCAGAUACUGGGUUGUAGAGGUUGGACUGACUGGUCACUGAAUGUUGUAUUCUUAUCACAGGACGAAGGGGACGCGGCUGACAGGGAGGAACUGGCCGCUGGAGACUGGAUUUCAGUGUCAGUUGAGAUGGAACGCUGGAACUUACUUAUCUGUCAGCUGACCGAUUUGCAAGCUCUGGCAGGCUUCAUCAAACGAUUGACGGUUGACAGUCAGAAAAGCAAGCAAGCUGUUGAUAACAGUGGGUCGCCUAAUCUUUCAGUGGUCGGUAAGAGCUGGUAGCGUCCAUGUUUUGCGAGACUUAAUUUAUAAACGAGGCAUGGGUACCCUCGAUUUCUGUUUUCUUUUAGAACAGAGGCGUCAUGAAAGCCAAUUUUGUUUGUCUUUCCGUAUUAUGAAACGAAUAGUGGCUUGUUCUUAUCUCUUCAGAGUUCUUGAGUAGCGGCCCUGACGCAGCUUCGAAAAUGAUAUCGAAGUACAUCGUACAAUGUGACAUCCCUGCAAAUCAUCUGGGAACUCCCCAUGUACCAAGGAAGACGGAGACUGAAAAUCUGAGCGAGACUGGAGACGAUGACCUGCCUGAAGUAGACCCUGAAACUGUAAUCCAAGUCGAACUCGAAGGUUUGUUUCCGCGGGAUGAGGCAGUGUGGGGAGGAGGAACGGCUUAAUUUGGGUUAAACGGGUGAACACUGCCAAUCAUUCGUACCCAGUCUUACGCAGGGUAUACAGGGCCUUCAACUGAGUGUCUCUGUGAAGUAAAAGCCCUGAACAUAGUGUGAACUAAGCGAUGCGGAUUGUGCGUUUGUGGUACCACUCACUACUUUUUCAUUUGCUUUGUCGUUACCAAUCGCUCUGACGAAGGGUCAACGCUCGAAACGUCAGCUUUAAAACUCUACGGUGGCUAAUUUACGUCAUCAACUCAGUUGAUAAUACUAACUUACCCUGUCAUUACCAAGGCAGCGAAAUAAACAGAUACUUGAAAGCCUCGAACGAAAGUGAACAUAUCUUUUGCAGGUCUUAGUGAGUUGCGUCUGAGGUUUCCGCAUGGUCUAGAGCAAGAUGUACUGUGGGCUCAUUGUGUUAUGGAGUGUGUCACUUACUGGCACAGCAACAAAGAGGUAUGCAAGCUAAAAACUUUAAAAAAGAUAUUCCCAGUAGAUGAACGCUGGAGAGAACGGGGUCAUUACCAAUGAGCUGCCCGUCGCAAAUAUAAAUGGUUUUUAAACCGCUUGUUUCUGUGUCUGCAUGACUAUUUGUUACAUUUAGUGCCAUGUGGUUGGUCCUGGGUUCCUGCACCCAUCCAACGGAGGCAAGGAAUAAGGAGGAAUCAUUUCAACCUCAUACGCUUCAUCGAUAGCUAAUUGAUCAGCCUCCUAAACAGUGGAAUUUUAACAGUUUUUUUUACAGCACCUGUUCGUUCUUCAGUGCUGACUUAUAUUUUCAUUAAUUUUUAUUUGAAUUCUUUUCAGGAAACCAACAAGUUAUUCUUAGCUCUGGAGCAUUUGAAAUGUAUUCACGUUCCUGCGUUGCAACAUGGUAUGUCACGCCAGGUCACGCAAGGUCACAAAAGUUUUACAAACAUUUUUUUCUUUUUGUUUAUUUUUUUCAUAGUUAACCCUUUUAUUUGUUCAAUUUAAUUUAAUCUAUCAAGCUCGACAGUACUCUGUAGUAAAGAUCUUUAUUUCAUAGGCUUCCUUUUCUUUUUCCAAAUUAUUUUUUUCGAUUUUAAGGCUUGGCAGUCACGACAUGGAAGAGAUUCUUCAAAGAUAAGAUAUCCGCCACCGUUAUCCUAAUGCAGAAGGUUUGUGAAUUACGUUCAUCUGUGAUUAGCGAUAUUUCACAAUUUUUCGCUUGACCAUGAAUAGUCCUGGAGUCUCUUUUAACUGAAAGGAUUUGACCGAACUUCCCUUUACUUUUAGGUUGGAAAAGCACCCAAAGAUCGACUGUGUCGAAAGGUAUAUGAAUUUUGCACUUUUCGACCUGUUAUUUUCGUUAUUGCGCAAUUUUCCAUUUAGUGUUGAAACUAAUUCAGGAUUGCUCUGUUUUUGCUUCACUUCGUGUGGUGAUUGGUCCUUAAAACUCGCACCACCCUUUCAACCAAUCAGAUGCAAAACCAAAACCAAUCAAGACUUGGUCGCCCGCGCUUUAGGCAUUUGGGUCAGUUUUACUCUGAGUUCUCAUUGGCUCUCUAGGGUAUUUUUCUUUCUUCUGAUUGGCUGUUGGGAUUACUUUGGUUUUGGUUUUACGACAAUCAAUCGAAAAGAGCUCAAUUGUUGGAUUGGUGUUUGGUGUGUGUGCCGGCAAUCUAGUCGUAAUUACAUCAAAUGUAUACAUCUAUUCUGUGGCCGGGCAGCCCAGAAAACAGAGACAUAUGUUGAAUAUUUUAAAAUCUUGUUUUUUAGACAGUGGAUUUAAGUUUUGGUGCGUUGGUGCAGUUCCUUAAGGCCACUGUACUUCUCCUGGAUGUAAUAGCUGAGGUAGGAGAUAAUAUUUGAAUAUAAAACAAAACUAGUGGAGGCAAACCAUGGCUGGAGAAUCAAACAGCAGCUUGUUGACAUAGCACUGGAUAGUAGUUAAUAUCCACAGGUUUUAGUUGUUGGGGUGUCUGGUGCUGUGCUUGUACAAAAUCCUGGCCCGUUUCGUAUUUUGUAGGCUGGUACACCUUUCCUACUUUUUGAAAAUUAUCCUCGGGUUUAACUGCUCCUGAGAUCGUAGUCCCAGUCGCUGCAGUCUUUUGCGAUGUCACGAAAUGCUGUGGGUGCGUUGCGUGACACGCUAAAAGACAACUUGAAAUCAAUGGAAUGGGCAGUGCGCUGAAUCGUCCCCAGUUGUCUCGCUAACCCAUGUAGCGUAGGGCUGCGUAUUGAAAAUAAGAGGCGACGAGGGACAAUUCAAGAUAACACUUUGGUUUUUCUUUCCAGGUGGAUUGGAUGGAAUCUCAACUAAUAACUUUGGAAACAGAAGAUUUCUGGCACACUGGUGAAACGUAAGUAAAGAUCUCCUGAUUUGAUAUGCUAAUAAACAACUACGUCGAUUGUCAGUUUGGGCCUUGUCUUGUUUCCAGGGGUACAGAGUCCCUUAUUGAAGAGGCACAGGAGAAGCCAAAGAGUGAGGGACCACUGGUCCAGCUCCAUGCCAAGCUGGUCACUGUUUUGUGGAUUGUAAUGGGACUGGACAUGAAGAGCGUUAAACCGCUGACCCUCUUCGAUACAAAGGUGAUGAUGUGCCUUUUAAUUAUUUUAUUUAUCGAUCCUGUUACAAUAAUCAUUUUACGAUACUGUUCUCCCAGUCCCAGUGCCUCCCUUCAUCAUGGAGUAUCAGUGGAUAUCAGGGAACUGUCUGGGAUACCUGACAAAGAGCUAAGAGGAGGGGUGUGGGGGGUGACCUUGCGAGAGAAUGGCAUCUUUUCCAGCGGGAGUAGUAAUGAUCCCUGUUGUUUCAAGCUACGCGAACUAGGAUAAACUUCGGUCAGGUGGAGGGGUGGGGGUUGGUUAGUGUGCAAGAUUUUUCACGACCUGUCAAGAAAACUAAACUAAAACUGUGCAUAAAUUCGCCAAUGGGAUAGUGGGUGUCGCUCAGUCAGAGCACGUUCAGGCAAAAGCUACAAGAAAAUGUUUAUAUUAGUUUUUCUUGUACCUGUGUGCAGAGCAAGGACUCUUUUAUGAGGGAUCUCAGCUCUAAUCGUCCUCUAUCGUCUAAUGAUGUCGACAAAGCCAUCGUUGAGACUAGAGAAAAGGUAAAUGGUUCCUGUCUGAUUGUAUUUGUUUGCAGUAUUAUAGUUAUUUCUUUCGCUUUGUUUCUAUGUAUAUGACAGACAAUCGGAUUUCGUUUGGUUGGAAUCCUAAUCGGGAGUUGGAUUUGUUUUCUAUCUAUGUUCGAAACAGAUGAUUUUGAUAUCGCAUAAGUUCACCGGCCCCUUCAGAGCAGUUUUUGGUUUUUUGUAGUCUGUCGAAAAGAAAAUCAACACUGUGUGCCUUUUGGUCGUAGUUCUUCACUCGAGCCCUGUCCUUCACGGUGAGCGCUAUGUUGGCCCAGUCUCCCAACCCGGUACUCAGGCGAGAGAAUAGUGAUACUGACAACAAGGGAACGGUACCCGAAACAGCUACCUGUGGUUGGCCGGCCGUGAUCUACAAGCUUGUAGAGCAGUUUGGGAUGGACAGUGAUCCAUUUAAGCGACAUUAUGUGCGGGAAUUGUACUCCGCUGGUUUUGACGAGAUUGCAAAACAGGUGAGGAUCUUUGUGUCUGCAGUUCAAUUACUCCAGUCAUGGAAAAAUUCACAGAAAUUCUCCCGCAAAGAAAACUUGUCAAGGGUGCGUAAGGAAUUUCAUUUGAACCACCUCCUUGGCAAGUUUUUCCAUGACAAGCUGGUCUUGUUUAAAACUUGGCAAGUCAUUGUUUGGACGAAAGAAAGUGUUGAGGAAUAUUUAUCAGGCAGCGCGGUUGAGUGGUGAGCGCGUUGGACUUGCAAUCCCACCACUUGAUGGAAACAUUCUGAUCUUACGUGGCUUGCGCGGGAUGAAACGUUUAGUUUCCCUCACUGCGUGUCAUGUGCGUUAAGUAAAAAGCGUGCAAAAACUGUUCACUCUUCGAGAAAUUGUUAUGUGCACACCCGUGACUGAAUUCAAGGCCCUCUAAAUUUUUCUGCUUUUGGAAAUAUUCUUCACUACCUUUAUUGAGGCUAAGCAUGCCACAUUUCUGAAAACUGUUAAACUUUUUUCACCAGACCAUGUUCUCAGUUCACGACCAGCGGGCCUUGGCCUCUCACCUUUUAAGAGUUGUGGGACAGCGACUAGCAUACAUGAUCUUAGAUGCGUCAGAGUCAGCUGAACGCGCUAAUCGAUUGUCUCGUCUACCAACUCAGAUAAGCAGCUGGAUCAGAUCACAAGUACUGUAUAAAACAUAUUUUGUCCCUCGUGUUUUAACUGUAACGUUGUUACCUUCCCCUGAUAUUUUGCACCUUGACCUUUAACUUUUGCGUUUGACUUUAUCCUUUGCUCCAUAUUCGAACCGUACCUCCUAAUUUGGGACGACCAUUUUUUUCGAUGACCUGUAUCACUUUGACCUUUCAUUGUUUCAGUUUUGCUCCGUAGCUUGACCUUGACCUUUGUCCUCUGUCCUCUGUCCUCUGCCCUCGAGUAUGGUCCUUAUAUCCGAUCACACCGUUCAUUGGUUUUGGGCCCGAGCUAGGAGGAUUUUGUCGAAUACACGAAUACAACCACAAAAUCGAAGUCCCUCAACCUAAAAACUUUGCUGGUAGGAGCUUGGCGGUAUACAAAUUUUUUUCGUUAACUUUUAUUCGAUAAAAGUUAACGAAUGGGGCAAGUUAACCGAAUCACGAAAGAAAACUUUGUUAGCCCAAUUUUGAAAUAUCUAACAGGGAUAGCUUACCAUUGAGCCUCGAUCUGGUGUACUUGACGUAGUUUUUCUGGUGCGCGUCUUCAUAUUUGUUGAAGGUGGCUCAUUCCUGUUAAUUUUUCUUUCCUCUACAGGAUCCUUCAAGGUUAUCCCGUCGUAUGGUUCCCCUGUCACACACUGUGGACCUUCUGCGUGUGGUGCUCAGUCUCACACCGGAAGAUUCCCCCGAUUACUCACUCACUUCCGGUCUAACCGAAACGAUCAAAUUCCUCCUUUAACCCUUAAUGUAUACCUUAACAUCAGUAUGCAUAUUCUCCAUACUGUUCUCUUUACAUUUCCCAAGGUGCUGGCAAGGAGAAUUUGUUUAACAAUCAAGAGGUACCUUUUUGGUGAUCAUUUCCUCUAGUAAUGCUGUUAGGAGAAUUAACAAGUCAGUCACUCCUAGGGGUCUAGGGUUAAAAGAGUAAAAAGGGUCUCAAUGGUUACUUUACUGACCAGUGAGCGGUCAAACGUGCCCUGUGAGCUGUCAUUCAAAAUUAACCUCAAGAAAAACGAAUAACGAUUAAUUUUUACUCCACCGACUUAAGAUUUGCUAAGGCCAGGAAAGUUAAUUUAUAAACGCGAAAGAUUAACGGCCUUGAUUAGGCUCGAUUACUAGCCGCUGUUCGGGGAUAUGAGCCCGCGCUCUUCCACUGAACCCCCAGUCUCCUCGGGGAGGAGCGAAGACUGGGCACGAGAGAGCAGCGAAAAUGGAGCCUACGACCCCCCGUGGAUCCAUCAUACAUUUUAUUCAGUUGCAAGAUGAUCCUCCUCAAGAGUGACAAAUGCGUUCAAAUUUCUCGAUUUUCUGACAAGUAGUUUUUAAAAUUAUGAAAUUCCUAUACAUCUCGUUCAUAACUUAGUGGCCGACAAACUUAGGUAGACAACCAAUUUUAAAAAGCAUAGUUUAUUAGAAAAGAAUUAUUUCAGCGAAGUAGGAGAAAAUUAUGAGAAAAUGCCUGAAGAUGCAAAAUGCACACGCAAAAUAAUUAUAGAAGUGUGCGAGCGUAAAAGCGGUUAGGAAGGGUUUCUGCCGAAAGAAAAUGAAUUCAAUUUAGAACAAAAUGAAAUUGAAAGGCAGUUCGGAAUAAUGCAUAGUGAAAAUGAAAGAAGACGAACUUCCAUCUUUUGAAUUAUCUUGA